AGAUAAUAAUUAAGCAUUAUGUCAACUCCGGAGCAACUGGCGAUUGUCCAAUCCAAAUUUACCACGGGUGAAAUAGUUGUCAUUGCAAUGGAAGCAAUGUUAGUACAAGAUUGGUUAAAAACAACAAGGCUUAUUGCGUUAGUUAAUAAAGGUUCAACGAAUGCUCUAGUCAUUUUGUUAACUUCUCGAACGCCACCUCAAGUAUAUAGUGACCUUACAAUUGAGAAAAUUUUACCCAUUGAUCAAGAUUUUCAAUGCGACAUUGGAACGGAUGAAGAGCAGAAAGAUGUAACGGAUGUAUAUUUAAAUGUAACAUGCCGAAAAUCUCGAACAAUUUUUGAAAUGAGACCUGGUAUUACAACGACGAAUCUUGUUUCUGCAAUUUUUCAAGCUAUUGAAGUAUAUCAGAAAAAUAAAAAUCCUACUACAGACUUCUUGUGGAUUCAAAAAUUAACAGGAAGCGUUCGCAAUUUAGACAGCACCAAUGAUCGUUUACUAAGUGCUGCAGAUCCAGUCAUUGAGCUUGAAAGUUCAGAUUUAGUUGUAUCCCGACGUAAUAUAGCUACUGGAAAGAGCCCAAUUGGCACAAGAGAAUCAGUAGUUCGUUACCAAAUGGCAUGUAAAGAAGAUGAUUAUACGUAUACUAAAACACUUAGAAUAUUCAUUGGUACAUGGAAUGUUAAUGGACAACCACCUAAUGCAAUAACUUUAGAACAGUGGUUAAGCAGUGAUGAAGUGCCUCCCGAUCUUUAUGCAAUAGGCUUUCAAGAAUUAGAUUUAAGUAAAGAAGCCUUUCUUUUUAACGACACACCCCGUGAAGAUGAAUGGAGACAAGUUGUAGCUAAGUCUCUGCAUCAUAAAGCGGAAUAUGAACAAGUUGCCCUUGUGAGAUUAGUUGGCAUGAUGCUGAUAAUUUUUUCUCAGAGUUCACAUUUGCCACACAUCAAAAAUAUUUGCAUUGAUACAGUGGGGACUGGAAUAAUGGGAAAAAUGGGUAAUAAAGGUGGUGUUGCUGUAAGUUGCUGUAUACAUAAUACAUCUGUUUGUUUUGUAAAUGCACACUUGGCUGCCCAUUGUGAAGAAUAUGAAAGAAGAAAUCAGGAUUAUGCGGAUAUUUGUGCUAGGCUUAACUUUCAAACUUAUGUGCCUCCAAAAGGUUUUAAGGAUCAUGACCAAAUCUAUUGGUUGGGUGAUUUAAACUAUCGAAUAACCGAGAUGGAUGCGCAAACAGCAAAACAAUUAAUUGCAGAUGGAAAUCUCGCUCCUGUAUUAGCAUUAGAUCAGCUUGAACAGCAAAGAAGACUCAGCAGAGUGUUUGUUGGCUUUCGUGAAGCAGAAAUAAAAUUUAAACCCACUUACAAGUAUGAUCCAGGAACUGAUAAUUGGGAUUCGAGUGAAAAAGGAAGGGCGCCUGCUUGGUGUGACCGUGUUUUGUGGAAAGGUGAACCUAUAGCUUCCCUAACUUAUCAAAGUCAUCCAGAAUUAAAAAUUUCUGAUCAUAAACCUGUUAGCGCCACGUUUGACUCAAAAGUCAGGGUAAUAGAUGUGACAAAAUAUCGUAAAAUUCACGAAGAACUUAUGAAAAAGUUAGAUAAAUUGGAAAACGAAUUCUUGCCUCAAGUGACUGUUGAUACAACUGAAAUAAUAUAUGAAACUUUAAGAUUUGAUGAACCGUGUGCAAAAGAGCUUAUUGUGGCAAAUACAGGCCAGGUACCAGUAAAAUUUGAAUUCAUCAAAAAAUUAGACGAUACUUCCUAUUGUAAAGAAUGGUUAUCAAUAACACCUUACACAGAUUUUAUAGAGCCUGGUCAAAAGUGUGAUAUAAAACUUGAGGUUUGUGUGGACAAACGAUCUGCCUGGAAAUUAAAUUCAGGAGAAGAUAAACUUUACGAUAUAUUAGUUUUACAUUUGGUAAAUGGAAAAGAUAUUUUUAUAACUGUGACAGGUACUUAUGAACGUAGUUGUUUUGGUUGCUCGAUAGAAGCUUUAGUUCAUAUUCCAGUUCCAAUUAGAGAAGUGCCUAUUGGUAGAAUAAUGGAAUUGGAAAAUAAUAAAAAUACCUCGCAAGAUCCAUAUUAUGUUCCAAAAGAGAUAUGGUUGUUAGUAGAUAGACUUUAUCGACAUGGAAUUAAGACUCCAGGACUUUUUGAAACUCAGGGUUUACACAGUGAAAUAUUAGCCAUUAGAGACUGGCUUGAUAAUGGUAGCCAAGACCCAAUGCCUGGUAGUGUGCACUCUGUUGCCGAAGCUUUACUUUUACUUCUGGAUUCCACGGCCGAACCUCUCGUUCCAUACAAUCUUCAUAGGAUUGGUUUAUCUGCUGCUACGAAUUAUUUGCAGUGUAAACAGGUUAUUAUGCAAUUACCCGAGAUCAGAAGGACAGUAUUUUUGUACAUAUGUGCUUUUCUACAAGAAUUACUGACCCAUACACAAGAUAAUGGGUUGGAUGCUAAAACACUUGCCUCGCUUUUUGGUUCCUUUUUCUUGCGUGAUUCACCGAGGAGUAGAGAUGAUCGAAAUCAGAGAAGUAAAUCGACGCAAGCAAUUUGCGAUAGAAAAAAGGCAGCUUUUGUCUAUCACUUUUUGAUAAACGAUCAAAGCGAUUUCGUCGGUCGAUAAAAACAGUUAAACUUAACGAAAAUAUUUAUAAAAUUAAUAUAUUCUAAUUUAAUAAUUUUUUCAUAAACUCUUAAUUGAAAUAUUAAUAUGAAAAAAGAAAAAACAAAAACAGAAGAUCUCAAUAGCCUAGAACGCUUACGACUGCUUUUCUAUAGUCACUCGUGUAGAUUUUUCUUACUUGCUCGUAUAUAGAUAAAAAUAUAUAUAUUACACCUAACAUGACUAAAUGUAAACUCGCUAUGCUUAAAGGUUUUAUUUUUCUUUGCAUUGGCGAGCCAAGUAUUUUUAUAGUUUUAACUCGAUACAAAAACUAAACCAGGGAAAGCAUAAUGUCAAAUGUGUUUUAAGUAAUUAGUCAAAACUAGAGAGAUUUAUAUCGCGAUACUAGCUGAAUAAACAGAUAUUUAGAUCACUUUGUUAAAUAUGUAUACAUCAGUAUAGUAAUUUGUAAUCUAUUGUAAUUUUUUGAGAUUUUUAGAUAGACGAAUUUUACCUGAUUCUUG